AUGGCGUCUCUUAACCUCUCAGCCAAUGGUCCCUCUAUAUCCAAGAGCUACCAAUCCGUCGUAAACGCGACGCUCAACCCUACCUCCAAAACAUACGCCCAAUGGGUCGUCUUUUCAGUUUCGACUCCCUUAGUCAACGCGUUCCAGCAGGAUUCCGGAAAUAAAGAGAGUGUGCUGAAGGUCCAGACCUCGGGAGAUGGUGAAUUGGAUGAUCUCAUUGAGGAAUUUUCAGAAGGCCGUGUCCAAUUUGCCUUUGUGAAGGUCAUUGAUCCGAACUCAGGAUUGCCCAAGAACGUCCUCAUCGGCUGGUGCGGUGAAGGUGUGCCUGAACGGACCAAAGGUUACUUCACCAGCCAUCUCGCCAGCGUGUCCAAGUUCCUACAUGUUCGAAGUACUCCGCGGAUUCCCAGGAACCCGUCUCCUCCGGCUCGAGAUCGUCCGGCCCACCUCCCAUUGCAAGCAAACCCGUCUUCACUCCCACCAGGUCGGGUGGCAUUGCUUCCAAUCUUGCCCCGCGCCCGAAGCCCCCCUACUACCUCUAAUGUCGACGAUGAUGGCUGGGGUGCCGAUGCCCCUCCAGUGACUCGCACUCAGCUUGAGAAGGUCCAGCCUGCGUACCAGCCCACCCGGGUCAAUCUGCAACAACUGAAGAAUGAGAAUCAGACUCCAGCUCGUCAAUCGAUUCCUUCCACCUCCGAGGACCGCGGUGAUGUUGUACGGGGCGGUUACCAGCCAAUUGGCAAGGUAGACAUUGCAGCAAUCCGAAGGCAGGCUGCCGAGUCUGGCCGGACGCAAGACGAUCGCCCGGCACCAGUGAAGGGAUCUUACGAACCCGUUGGCAAGGUUGAUAUCGCCGCCAUUCGCGCCAGGGCUCAGAAGCCCGAAGGCGCAGGUGAUGUCUCCCCGGCCCCGCCUAGCCCGGUUGCUCGAAACGAGCCCAUUUCUCUUCCUGAACGCCCCGCCAUGGCCCCGGAGGCUGAGCGUUUGACCACUCUACCCAAACCCAAGAUCGCGAACAAGUUCGGUGGCGGUCCUUCCUUUGGCGGCACGAAGCCGCCUCUCCCCGCUGGCUCCGGCACGCCCGCCGCGGCUGCGCCGAUCGUCACCGCCAGCCGAACCUUUGCAAACCAGGGAGGGAAGACCCCGGCUCAGCUGUGGGCAGAGCGUAAAGCCAGAGAGCGUGGCGAAGCUCCUGCCCCUGCUCCAGCUUCUCCGAACGCGCAGCCCAUCCAGAGUCAACCCAGCGGACAGGGCGAAUGGAAGAGUGGAUAUGCCGGCAAGUCCUGGGCCACAGUGCAGACCGUUAAGGACAAGGCGGCCCCCCCAGAAUGUUGA